AUGUCUCAAUUGUGGCAGUACGUUGGCUCCCGCCAUAAGCUAUCAUUAGACAUUCCGGCUUGUAGCACCCCCAACGGCUCAGCACCGUCACAUUGCGAAGCAGAGAACAGCUCAGGUAUUGAUGGUGGAGAUGCUGUUGCGCCCACUGGCUUGUAA